UACUAUAAAUUAUUCAUUCAUGUAUUCAUGGAAGGUAGGGAAGAGCAAAAUGUCUCCAACCAAAGAUAAUGAGAAUAGUGAGAGUAACCAUGAAGACACCGAGAAGAAGAAAACUCUUGGAGGCAUCAAAACCAUGCCAUUCAUUCUAGCUAAUGAAGUAUGUGACAGAUUUGCGGGAACGGGAUUCCAUGCCAACUUAAUAACAUACUUGACCCAACAGUUGAACCUUCCAAUGGUUAAGGCAUCUAACAUAUUAACAAAUUUUGGAGGGACGUCGAGUUUCAUGCCCCUUAUCGGUGCUUUAAUUGCUGAUUCUUUUGCGGGCCGCUUUUAUACGAUUGUUAUUGGCCUCCUUGUUUAUUUAUUGGGGAUGGUUUGCAUCACUACAUCGUCAAUACUACCACAGCUACGACCACCGCCAUGUCCAACCAAAGAGAAUUGCACAGAAGCUACUUCCUCUCAGCUAUGGAUCCUCUACCUCUGCCUAUUCCUCACCUCCCUUGGCUCCGGCGCCAUCCGCCCUAACGUCGUCACCUUCGCCGCUGAUCAAUUUGACAUGUCCACCGGCAAAUCAAACCCCAGCAGCGUCGGACGUAACUUCUUCAAUUGGUACUACUUUUGCAUGGGACUCGCAACACUCACAGCUCUAACAGUUGUCGUUUAUGUCCAAGAUCGUGUCGGUUGGGGAUUGGGACUCGGCAUCCCAACCAUCGCGAUGGUUUUGUCGUUCCUCGCGUUCGUGGUCGCUGCUCAUCUUUAUAAAAGGGUGAAACCCGAAGGUAGCCCAUUGGUUCGAGUCGCUCAGGUGGUGGUUGCUGCUGUUAAGAAAAGGAAACUGGUUGUACAAGAAAACUCGACUCCUCUUUACGAAAAUAGGAAGUUGGAUGCUGGUAUUUCAGCCGAUGGAAGACUUCUUCAUACUAAUACGUUAAAGUGGUUUGAUCGAGCUGCGAUUGUAACACAAGAUGACAUAAAAGAUCCUUCAUGUCCGAACUUAUGGAGGCUAGCGACAGUCCACAGGGUGGAGGAGAUAAAAUCCGUCAUACGAAUGAUACCCAUAUGGGCAGCGGCGAUUCUCCAUGUCACGUCGCAAUCCCAUCAACAUAGCUUCAUCAUCAUACAAGCAGGAACCAUGGAUCGCCAUAUGUCCCCUUCUUUCGAAAUUCCACCUGCAAGUCUAUCGAUCUUCGGUGUCCUCACCAUGCUUAUCUGUCUCUCGACCUACAAGCGUUUCUUCGUCCCAUUUGCACGACGCUUCACCAAAAACCCUAUCGGCAUCACAUGCUUGCAGCGAAUGGGAAUCGGUUUUGCUAUAAACAUAUUCGCUACAUUAGUCUCGGCACUGGUUGAAAUAAAGCGAAAACAAGUAGCAUCUAAUCAUAACCUACUUGACAAACCAAACGUCGUGAUUCCUAUAUCUGUUUUCUGGCUCGUUCCUCAGUUUUGCUUGCAUGGUGUAGCGGAGGCGUUCAUGUCAGUCGGCCAUUUGGAGUUUCUUUACGAUCAAUCACCGGAAAGCAUGAGAAGUACUUGCAUGGCGCUGAAUUGGAUUGCAGUAGCCAUAGGGAGCUACAUUGGGACGUUGGUGGUAUCGUUGAUUCAUGAGUACACUGGAAAGGAACACAACUGGCUACCAGAUCGGAAUCUGAACAAGGGGAAGUUGGAUUAUUACUAUUGGUUGAUGAGUGGUAUAGAAGUAGUGAACUUAAUGUAUUACGUGACUUGUGCUUAUUACUAUACAAAUAAACCGCUGGAAUUGAUUAAAGAUGGACAAGGGGAAGGCGAUUUGGAGUUGGCUGAAGACAAAUCGCGCUCUUCAAAGUCGUUAUUGGAUGGCCGGAAUCGAGAUAGUGAAGAAAAUGGGCAUCAAGAUUACAAGGAGAAAAGAAGCUUAUAGUUAUAUAGGGAUCAAUCCUGGACGAUAUGGUUAGGUAGUUACUAACCGCAUGGCAAUGUAAUAAAAGUGGAUUCAUAAUUCCUAUAAUGUACUCG